AAAUCCAUGCUGCGGAUAACAUAGACUUCAACUUGUUUCGUAAUGGACAGGAUUGACAAAGUUCAUGGAUACUUCUAAGAAUUGUGUUGCAAAUAUUCUAUCCCCGGAGAUGUGAAUGAAUUUGGGCUUCUGCUUCAAGGAGACUUCUGCUCUGCCUGCCAAUAAUGUAUAACAAUAACAGAUUUAAUGGCAGACCUCGAAGUAUAUAAAAAUUUAAGCCCAGAGAAAGUUGAAAGAUGCAUGAGUGUAAUGCAGUCUGGGACUCAGAUGGUUAAACUGAAGAGUGGGGCCAAAGGACUUGUGCGCCUUUUUUACCUCGAUGAACACAGGACUUGCAUCCGAUGGAGGCCAUCCAGGAAAAGUGAAAAAGCGAAAAUCAUAAUUGAUUCCAUCUACAAAGUGACUGAAGGACGGCAGUCAGAAAUAUUCCAUCGCCAUGCUGAAGGCAACUUUGACCCGAGCUGCUGCUUCACCAUUUACCAUGGCAACCAUAUGGAGUCGCUGGAUCUGAUCACCUCCAACCCAGAGGAAGCUCGCACCUGGAUCACUGGCUUGAAGUACCUGAUGGCUGGGAUCAGCGAUGAGGACUCUCUUGCCAAGCGACAGAGAACACAUGAUCAUUGGGUGAAGCAGACCUUUCAGGAAGCAGACAAGAAUGGCGAUGGCUUGCUGAAUAUUGAAGAGAUUCACCAGUUGAUGCAUAAACUGAACGUCAGCCUGCCCCGGAGGAAAGUAAGACAAAUGUUUCAGGAGGCCGACACCGAUGAGAACCAGGGAACCUUGACCUUUGAAGAGUUUUCUGUGUUUUACAAGAUGAUGUCAUUAAGGCGCGACCUCUACUUACUGCUUUUAAGCUACAGCGACAAGAAAGACCACCUCACUGUUGAGGAAUUUGCUCAGUUUCUGAAAGUGGAACAAAAGAUGAGCAAUGUGACGACCGAGUAUUGUCUGGACAUCAUAAGGAAAUUUGAGGUUUCGGAAGAAAACAAGACCAAAAAUGUUCUGGGUAUAGAAGGCUUCACAAACUUCAUGCGCAGUCCCGCCUGUGACGUGUUCAACCCGCUUCACAGUGAGGUGAACCAGGAUAUGGAUCAACCCCUUUGCAAUUACUACAUUGCUUCUUCUCACAACACAUACCUAACCGGUGACCAGCUUCUGUCUCAGUCUAAAGUUGAGAUGUACGCCCGAGUUCUUCAAGAUGGCUGCCGAUGUCUUGAAGUUGACUGCUGGGAUGGUCCUGAUGGGGAGCCAGUUGUGCAUCAUGGUUAUACUCUUACAUCCAAAAUACUUUUUAAAGAUGUAGUGGAAGCAAUCAACAAAAAUGCCUUUGUUAAGAAUGAAUUUCCAAUUAUAUUGUCUAUCGAAAACCACUGCAGUAUUCAACAGCAGAAGAAAAUUGCCCAAUACCUCAAGGAGAUUUUCAGUGACAAGCUGGACUUGACUUCGGUGAGCAUGGGGGAUUCCAAGCAGCUUCCCAGUCCUCAGAGUUUGAAAGGCAAAAUCCUAGUCAAGGGUAAAAAGCUCCCCUAUAGUCUUGGAGCGGAUGCUGAAGAAGGAGAUGUUUCUGAUGAAGACAGCGCUGAUGAAAUUGAAGAUGAUUGCAAGUUAAAGGUUUCUUACAGUAAUGGCACCACUGAGCACCAGGUGGAAUCUUUUAUAAGGAAGAAACUUGAAUCCUUGCUAAAAGAGUCUCAGAUCAGGGACAAAGAAGACCCCGACAGCUUCACGGUGAGAGCACUCUUAAAAGCGACACACGAAGGUUUAAAUGUAAACUUCAAACAGAACUCGGAUGUAAAAGAUACUGGCAAGAAAUCCCACAGUAGACUAAUGAGCAAUUUUGGUAAACAUAAGAAGGCAGCAAAACCAAGGCCCAAAUCUCAUAGCGCAUCUGAUGAUGAGGAUUCUCAACAAAAUUGUUCUGGGAAGGAACCCGGACAGCUAUACAGCAGGUUGGGUCGGCGGAGAAAAACGAUGAAGCUGUGUCGCGAUCUUUCUGAUUUAGUGGUGUACACCAAUUCUGUAGCAGCUCAGGACAUAGUUGAUGAUGGAUCUGUGGGGAAUGUGUUAUCCUUCAGCGAGUCGAGAGCACACCAGGUGGUGCAACAGAAGGCAGAGCAGUUUAUGCUUUAUAACCAGAAGCAGCUCACCAGAAUCUACCCAUCUGCAUAUCGGAUUGACUCCAGCAACUUCAACCCUUUGGCAUAUUGGAACGUGGGCUGCCAGCUAGUGGCGUUAAACUAUCAGUCUGAUGGGCGUGUGAUGCAGUUGAACCAAGCCAAGUUCAGGAUGAAUGGCAACUGUGGAUACGUCCUGAAACCCCAGCAGAUGUGCAAAGGGACGUUCAAUCCCUAUUCUACAGAUCCACUGCCUGCUUUCCCUAAGAAGCAACUUCUCCUCAAAAUCAUCAGUGGGCAGCAGCUACCGAAACCUCCGGACUCAGUGUUAGGAGACAGAGGAGAGAUAAUCGAUCCAUUUGUUGAGGUGGAAAUUAUUGGGUUACCGGCCGACUGCUGCAAAGACCAGACCAGGGUGGUAGAUGACAAUGGGUUUAAUCCUGUGUGGGAAGAAACUCUCACUUUCAACAUCCACAUGCCUGAGAUAGCAUUGGUUCGGUUUCUUGUUUGGGAUCAUGAUCCAAUCGGCCGAGACUUUGUUGGACAAAGGACUGUCGCCUUCAGCAGCCUUAUGCCCGGCUACCGCCAUGUUUACUUGGAGGGACUGACUGAAGCCUCUAUAUUUGUUCAUGUAACAAUCAAUGAAAUUUAUGGAAAGUGGAGUCCCUUAAUCCUCAACCCCAGUUAUACUAUAAUGCACUUUCUAGGAGCCACAAAGAACAAGCAACUGAUAGGGCUCCGAGGGCUCUUUCACAAGAACCCCAAGCAAAAUUCUGUGGAAAACAGCGCUAAUUAUAUUCGGAAAAGGUCGAUUGGGGAACGUAUUCUCCGACGCACUGCCAGUGCGCCAGCAAAGGGCAGGAAGAAGAGCAAAAUGGGGUUUCAAGAAGUCACCGAGCUUAAGGAGAGUGUGUCUGAGGCAGCCAAUUUGAAGGAGAAGGAAGGAAUCCUGAGGCGUACGAGUAGAAGCUUGCAGGCACGUCCCAUCUCCAUGCCGGUUGACAAAUACCUUCUGGUGGGCUUGCCAUCACCAGAUCAGGAGGCACCUCCUCUUGCUGACACCACCAAAACCGAAAAUACUUCUGCAAAAAGUAAAAAAGCUACCAAAGAGGACCAAGCACAUCUGAAAGAAGCGGCCACCUCUUCUCCUGAGAAAGAUUUCUCUCUUGCAAAGUUUGCGUCUCCGCUUAAAAGAGAAGCCAUCGAAGCUGGCAUUUAUGUGAGCUCACCUGUGUAUGAAAAGCCGGAAAGCCUAGACUUUGCCAUUGGAAUAGCUGAAACCUAUUUCUCCACGGAGUAUUGGAAAAGUAAUCUUUCCAGCGAGUCGGUUCACCCAAAGGAGGAACUUGAAAGGGACAAGAAUGAAGGUAUAUGUUGCAUGGGUCAAAAGAUGUUGAAUGAUGCUCUGUUUUGCAAAGAGAGAGAACCAGUAGCUGAAAAUUCUCUUUCUCCAGGACAUCAAGAAGUAACUAGCAUUAGAUCUCAUGCAGUAGUAAAUAGUACUAUAACCAAUUCCCCACUACCUGAUAUAUCUUCACCUACCUGUAGUGAUGUCCGUGACUUUCAUUCCAUACCAGCCAUACAAGAUAGUGACAUUUCUCAUCUGAUCAGUGAAGUCUCUUUAACAGAUAAGAGUGAUGUGGGCAGUUCCGUCUCAGCAUUGAUAGGACAGUUUGAUGUCACAAAUGACCAAACUAAUUUGACUGUUGUUCCAAGUCCUCCUGGAAUUAGCAAAAAGAUUGACAAUAGGAAGCCUGCACAUGUACCACUUAUGUCUCCAAGUGAUCAGAAUACAUCGUUUGACCACAAGUCUCCUAGUGUAAUGCCAGUCGGAUCAGCACCAAAAAUUACUAUGAUAUCAACCCCUCAGACAACAGAGUGUUCGCUGUACACAAUUAUCCAUGAGGCCUCUCUUUCUCCAGCCUCUCACCAAGCAUCAAUUGGCAAACCUCCUUGCAAGGACACAAAAUAUGUUGCAGAGGAUACCUGUCCAGUGUUUUCUUGCAUUUCACCUGGGCUAAAUGCAAACACUAAAAGGAAGUGUGGAGCCAACUGGAACUCGCUAAGCAAUAGCAACUCUUGCAUCUCUGACAACUCAGAUUUGGAACAUACAAUAGUUGUCCCUUUCACUUGUGUAAAUUCUACAGGCAGCAGCCUAAUGGAAGUUGAUGGAGAGCUGCAGGACCUCUUGAUAACGGCCUAUGAAUAUAAGAGAGAAGAUAUGAGCCAAGUUGCUUCUCCUCUGAAACUUAAGCAUAAUCAGGACACUCUGUACUAUGACAGUUCAGUCUACAGAAACCUAACCAGCGAGGAUCUCUCCAACACUAACCUACUUGAGGACUUCAAGUUCAGGAGCAAGAAGAAUCAACAUCUUCCUUACCCAGAACAUCAGUGUCUUGAUCUUUUGUACAAUAACUAUUUGCACAUUUCAGACACCCAAAAUGAAUUGUUGAACAUCUCUCCAACAGAUAAUAUGGAGAACUCUCCUGCUCUUAAGAAUUCUAUGCCUUCUCCCUCAACUCAGAAACAACCAAGUCCUUGUAAAUCCAAGAGCCUUGGAGACUUAACAUCAGAAGACAUCUUGUGCAAUUUUGAAAGCAAGUACAAGUAUAUCAGCAGAGGUUUUAUUACAUCUGGCAUGAGAGACAAGAUGGUGACUGCUCUGAAGGCUAAGAAACCAGAGGCUACAGAUUCCUUGACGGAACAGUUACGAAAGCUAGUGUCCUUCGAUCAGGAGGAUAGCUGCCAGUCAUUUUGCAACAAGCAGGAUGACGAUUGCCCUAAAAUGUUGGUCAGAAAACUCUCAUCCAGGAGUCAGAGCAGAGUGAGAAACAUUGCUAGUCGUGCCAGGGAGCGACAAGAAGCCAAUAAGCAGAAACUGUCUAACGCUAGCAGUAAUGUAGCAGAGGUAGUCCUUAGAAAUAAGCCUCUUACACCUCCUCACAUUAUCAACAGACAUUCCACUGGCUCUUACAUAGCAAGCUAUCUGGAUAACUUCAAUACGGACAAUCUGGUGGACCGAGGGGUUCCGGAGGGUGCAUGCACAUCAUUGCGCUAUGGGUACCAUGACCGGUUUUAUACAGAUGACUCUCUUUUAGAGACCAAGCCAAGCGAAGACGAUAAACCAGAAAUCUAUUUUCUCCUGAGACUGUAAAUUGUAUAAAUGUACAUCUCCAUUGUUUACAAGCUUUCUCACAGAAUGAAGGAUGAUCCGUAAGCAACGUAGCCAUUAGCAUUUAAAUGACUCAGAAAUGUAUUCUUUUCGCUACUGUUUGAGCCUUGUCAUGAAUUAAUGUGUCCAUUGCCAUCACAGUUGAUGUAAAUAGAUGUUGUAAAACUUUAUGUACUUGGUCUUUUCCCUCAUUUUUUAAAAGAAAUUAUACACAAAAAUGUUGUUUGCAUGACAUAAAAUGCAAGAGGUCCCGAUGUCCUGUAUUUGAAAUGCUUGUACAAUAGAAUUUGGUAUGGCUAUUGAUUACCACAAAAUGCUGCACAAUACAAUGUUUAUUCCCUC